GUUCGAGUCAGAAGCGUCAAACUGACAAGCUGUCAAAAAAAAAAAGCAAAGCAAACUGGACUUUAGGAGAGUUUUUUUUUUUUUUAUUAGCUAAGUUUCCUCCCAAACGACCCCCCAUGUGUGACAUAUACAGCCUGGACCCCCACGGCGUGUCUCCACCAUGCAACAUGAGUUGGGCGAUGGAGCCCGCUAACUUCUACGACAGCGCCAAGCUGGGGGGCCCGCAGCCGGGGCCGUACAAGCCGGGCAGCCGCGGCGAGGAGGGCACCAUGGCGGAGCUCACCGCCCCGGCCAUGUACGACGACGAGAGCGCCAUCGACUUCAGCCAGUACAUCGACUCCAUGACGUCCGUGCCCAACUUGGAGCUGUGCAACGACGAGCUCUUCCUCGACCUCUUCAACACGGUCAAGCAGGAGAAGGCGGACGUUUACGCCGUGCAGGGCUCCAUGCUGCCCCAGCAGCUGUCGGCGGGCUACGCGGGCGAGAGGCGGGCGGACCGGGGACCCUACGGGGCUCCCAUCAAGCAGGAGUCCGACUGGAGUGACAGCGACAUGUCCUCGUCGCUACCCUGCCAGAUAAAAACCUGCGCCCAGACCUCCGUCAGCCUCCCCAUGGGGGGGCAGCCCACCCCGCCGACCACGCCGGAGCCCGCCUCCGCCGCCAGCUCGGCCAAGAGCUCCCCGCGGAAGUCCGGGCGGGAGAAGGCGAAGAAGGCGGUGGACAGGUACAGCAUGGAGUACCGACAGCGGCGGGAGAGGAAUAACAUCGCCGUGAGAAAGAGCAGGGACAAAGCCAAAAUGCGCAACGUGGAGAUGCAGCAGAAGCUGAUCGAACUGAGCUCCGACAACGACCGGCUCCACAAAAACAUCGAGCAGCUAACCAGAGAGCUCAGCGGCCUCCGAGAGUUCUUCAAGCAGAUGCCCAACGCCUCCUUCGCGGGCAGCGUCAGCAUAGAAGCUCGGUGACACCCACCGCCCUAAACUCGAACAAACUGAACUUUUCCUAGAAGACAUACCUCAGAGACUUGUUUCUUACCAUCUGUACCAGAUGUAUUUUAAGCUUACCAUAAUGGCACUGGAAAAUAUAUGAUGUUGCUGCCAUAUUUUUCGUGGGAUUUUUCCUCUUGUAUUAAAUUAUUUUACCACUGCAUUUACACAAUGUUAUAUGGUACAUGUUUUAUAAUUCCAAACUUUGUAUAAGAGCCAGAGCAUGAUCUUUUUCUAUAGUUUGUAUGGAACAUUUGUGCUUGUCAUGUAAUAAUAAUAAAAAAACAGCUGCAAAGGUG